AGAAUUGGGCGCGACACAUUGGGUUCAAAGGAAAGGCCGGUUGUAGCGGAUGGGGAGGAGGUCGAUGUUUGGUUCUUUCCGCACCAGCGGUACAUGUCAUCGGCAGAUCCGCUGUCGGUUCGCCGCCCUGGCCGGCGGUCAGGCUUCGACUGUUUGAAGGUGGCAGAGCUCGAACUCAUUGACAAUCGGGGAGGGGUCAGCGAGGGGGCAACAACCGUCACCCCCGCGCGAUUGUCAACUGCCACCCCCUCGCGGAACUCUCCUCCUCCGCCAGCAGCCCCCUCUUUCUCCGCCCCUCGCCAGUGAAACGGCCCGGCCACUGGGCAGCUGCCGGUAAUAAGAAGAACAAUAAGUUCGGGGAUACAGGGUAGAGUGUACCACCUCCGACCUUACUUCUGACAGGCAGGUACUUCCCCCGCCUAUGGCUGGAAGAUGUUCUCCACAUCUUGUCCUUUCUCGGUGCUGGCUGCUCAGAUUGCACCCGGUCUCCCCGACCGUGUGGGUGCGCUCUGUUUACAGCCUUCCAUCCUUCCAUGUUGUUUACACUGAGGAGGUGGUGGAUAGAGUUUAGUGUUUCCUAUUCCAGAAAAAAAAACUUGAACAUUGCAACGUGAUCUGCUUGAUUUUCCAUCAAGGAGAGCUAAAGGAAGGAGGUGAAGGCAAUGUGAUAGAGCUACUGCCUGUGAGGUGGCAUAUCAGUGAAAAUAGAUCAACUUCCAGUGACGUUGGUAGUUUUUGUUGGGUGUGGGGGGGGGGGUGAAGUUUCAUUUUUCACCACUGAGCAUGGCCAGUAAGAGGAAAUCUAAAAUUCCUUGCAUGGUUCCUGCCAGUGAGACCGUGGACCAAGACCCAGAAUUAGACGUGAUUACAGAUGAUCUGCCUCCCGAUAUUUCUGAUGAGAGCUUGACAGCAGAUGGUGUAGGAAUGGAUGAUGAGAAUCUUCCAGAAAAAGAAGUGCAAGAUACUCAAAGCAAGAGACUGGAAGGAGGCUAUGAAUGUAAAUAUUGCACUUUUGAAACACAGGACUUGAAUGAAUUUACUUUGCAUGUUGACUCAAAGCACCCGAAUGUCAUUCUUAAUCCAUCCUACUUCUGUGUGGAAUGUAAUUUUACAACCAAAAGGUAUGAUACUCUAAAUGACCACAAUGCCAGAUACCAUUCAGGUGAAAUAAAUUUUAAGCUUAAAAUGGUAAAACACAAUAAUCAAACUGUCUUUGAACAGACUGUUGAAGAAUCCAAUAGCAGUGGUGUUUCUAUGAAUGAAGAGCAGGCAGAAAGCACUGACGGUACUCUGAAAGGAAUUUCAAUAAGUAAAACUCCAAUUAUGAAGAUGAUUAAAAAUAAAACUGAGACCAAAAGAAUCUCUCUGUCUCCUAGUUUGGUAGAUGAAUUUACUGCUGAUCAAGAAAACAAUGAGACACUAGGGGCCAACUCAGUCUCAGGAUCCACCAAUACCAGUGGAGUUUGCAUUAACCAGGAAACCAAUGGAGGAAUACUUGAUUCAGUAGGUGUAAAUCAGAUGAUAUCAUCUCCAGCUACUAAUUUCAUUCCAAAAGUUAUGAUACCUGUAAACAGCAUUCCAACUUAUAACACUAAUAUGGAUGUAAAUACUCACCUAGUGAACUCAUUCAACAAAUUUCCUUAUCCCACACCAUCAGAAGUUGCAACACUAAAGACUCAGACAAAAUAUGCAGAGGAACAUAUUAAAAUCUGGUUCACGGCUCAACGCCUCAAGCAUGGUAUCAGUUGGACCCCAGAGGAGGUGGAGGAUGCCAAGAAAAAACUUUUCAAUGGACGUGUGCACACUAUACCACAAACAAUUACUGUCAUACCGGCACAAAUUUCAACAUCCGCUAAUGGAUUGCAACACAUCCUCCAGCCUUGUCAGAUAGUUGGCCAGCCGGGCAUUGUCUUAGCUCAGGUUGCUAAUACAAAUGCGAUUACUGGAAAUUCUCCACUUACAGUCACUGUUGCAGGAGUUGCAAAUCAAAUGCCUCAGUGGCAAAAACGCAGAGGACUGGAAGGUGACACAGGCCCUGAAACAAAACGGGCAAACAAUGCACCGCUUCCUCAAAUUGCUGCACAAGGAGGUUCUCUUGUUUCUGCCCCAGCCACUGAUCCAUAUAGCGUUCGCCUUAAGAAGACAAAAGAGCAACUGACAGAACUAAAAGCCAGCUUCAAUCGAAAUGCAUUUCCCAGUGAUGCAGAGAUUGCUAGAAUUAUACAAGUAACUGGCCUCUCUAGGGGUGACAUAAAGAAGUGGUUCAGUGACACAAGAUACAAUCACAGGAAUUCAAGGUGUAAUCAAAAUGUCAAUGUUCCGGAGGUCAGCAGCACUAUUGUUUUAGACUCCGGUGAUGAAACAACACCAGAAUCCCUUGUACUAAAUCAACAACGCAAACAUGGGUGGAAUGCUUUCCCUGAUUUUACUCCACAAAAGUUCAAAGAGAAAACGGGAGAGCAACUUCAUCUCCUCGAAGAAAGUUUUCUUUUAAAUCCAUUUCCCACUGACGAUGAGGUUAACAAGCUAAGGAUUGACACAAAACUCACAAAGAGGGAGAUUGAUGUCUGGUUCUGUGAACGAAGGAAAGCUAAAAGUUCUGAAUAUAAAAAUGAGGAAAAUGGAAAAGCAGUUGGAAGUGAGGUCGAUAUUAAAUAUAAAGAGUCUGAAGGGGGACCUGCCAAAUCCAAUUAUGGACAAAUUCAUACCACGUCUUUGGCAAGUGGACUAGCAAUACCAAGGGUAAUGGCUGCUGCAGCUAGUAGGUUAUAUAAGAAAACACCAGAACAACUGCAUCUCCUUAAAAGUGCAUUUGUUCGCACACAGUGGCCAUCCCCAGAGGAAUAUGACAGAUUAGCAGCGGAGAGUGGACUGGCUAGAACUGACAUAGUAAGUUGGUUUGGAGAUACGCGAUAUGCUUGGAAAAAUGGAAACCUGAAAUGGUACUAUUACUAUCAAAGUGGCAAUGUGGACAGCCAAAAUGGACAAACCCAAGUGUCCUACAAAAAAUGUAAAGGCAGAGGUAGAUCAAGAGGUAGACCACGAGGGAGAGGAAGGCUCAGAGUUACUGGAAGGGCAAAUAACUGGAGUGGAAUAUCAACCAGCAAAAUAUCUUCAAGCCAUGCUUCUUCAGGGAAAAACGUUCUUGAACAAUACUAUUUGAAACACAGAUACUUAAACGAAGAGGACCUUGAUGACCUUGUUGCAAGAUCAUGUAUGAGUUAUGAGAGCAUUAGGGAAUGGUUUGUACAAAGGCAAAGAGAAAGUGGGGCUUCUGAGAGCAAUAAUUCAGAUGGACAGUACCCUGGUGAUGAUGAGAAAAAUGAAGCACUUGAAGAGGAUGAUGAUUGGCCUGGGGAAGAGAAUGCUAGCCAGGAAGAUGAGGAUGAUGCCUCUGAUGUAAGUGCUAGCAGUGAUGUAUGGAAGCCUCCUCCACAAAAAAACAACCAAGUAAUGGAAGCAGAUGAUGAAUUUUCUGUAGAGAAUUCAAACAUAUGAAUGAACCACGGACAUGGGAAAGUCACCAUCAGUUGUUUGAGUCAAACAAUUAAAGCAGAGAAUCCUCAGCUGUGGUUCCAUAAAUUAGUACCACAAAGAAAUAUCCACGCACCACGUAUUUCACUUCUUAGUAUAAUAAAGGUUUUCUAAAUUUCCAUAGUGCCAAAGUUUUAAUACAAGAGCAGAAAUGUUUUUUGUACAUAGAUUGUUUUGGAACAGAUUUGUACUGUUGGGAUUUACUACAUUUUUAGUGAGAUGUGCCUGAGCACAUUUGCACAUUUUUCAUGCUGGCUAUUGCAUUUCCCAACAUGCAUUUGCCUCAAGUGUCAUAUCAUAUCUGCCUUCCUGAGAUAUGGGGCAGUUUUAAUAAGCUUUGACCAACUAAAUGACAUUUCAGAAUUAGUUUAAAACAACCAUUUAUCAGUAAAGAACAGCAAACUGAUAUAUUUGCAUGGUACUUUUUGUAUAUGCUUUGGAAAAUAUAUUUGGUCAAUUUUAUGUUUUGACCUUUUCAGUAGAUGCUGAAAUUUACACACACAUUGUAGAUGUAGAUAAAGUCAGCAUUUUGUUACUCCACAAACAUUUUCUUCAGAAGCCAUAUGCCCAAUCGCUAGCAUUUUUCAGUGUCUUCUGCAAAAGUGAUUUUGUAUACUGAAAUUAGGAAAUUGCUGCUUCUAUAUAUACAGUACUACAUUUAUAUAAUAUAUAUAUAGUAUUUAAAUAUUGUAAGCAUUGAGUAAGGGGGUUGCAAGCUGUGGUUUGAAUAAAUCAAUGUCCAGUUCUAAUUUUUCACGCUAUUUAUUGUACUUUAUGAUAUGAGUACAGUGAGGAGAGCAUCCAAGUAGAUUGGUCAUGCUUUUUUAUAUAUACAAAUAUAUAUAUGUGUGUGUGUGUGUGUGUGUGUGUGUAGUAUAAGAAAUUCACCACUAGUUAUUUGCAUUUAGUUUAUCUUGCUUAUGAAAAAAAUGCCAUUUGUUCUCAAUCCACUUCAAUUAUGAUUUGUUUUAGAUUAUUUUCCAAAAGUAAAACUGAUACCUUUCCAGCACAUGUGGUAAGAUAAAACAGUAAAAGUGUAUCUAGAGUUAGACAUGAUUUCUAUUUCUAGAGAAAUAUUGAUCUCCUUUAAAAAAACAUUUGAAUUAUGAUUACAGUACUGGCUGGUCCUGGUGAAUGAUGCAUUUUUAUAAUGCAAAAGAAUCAUUUGCACAUUUAUUGUACAAGUACUGUAUGUUAAAUUCUUCAAAGUUUGAUUAUUUGUUUGAACUUUGGUUGUUCAACCACUACAGGCACAUACAAGUCCUCAAUCAAGUUAGUUCGGACCUGCACUAGUGAAUCUCAAGCAAUUUACCUUUUAUAAUGUACAUUUUUAAUAUUCACCAAGAAUCCUGGCAAAACAUGAAUUCUUUAAAUACAUCAUGAUAAAAUCAUCGGUCUUGGUUGCAUUUUCAAUUUUAAAAUACACGAACAGUGUUUUAGUUUUUAAAUUUAGUGAAGACUUAAUGUAGCACGUAACACUAGUACAAUUUGUACAGCUUUUCCAAACACAUUUUGGGAAAUGCUGCACCAGAUGCUUUUUUCUGGCUUGCUAGCAAGACAGUUUUUAGUUUGUGCAGAGUGCUAGUUGCCUAAAUCGUAAAGGUUUAGUAUCCUAUAUUUUUUUUAAAUGUGAAUAAGUGUUGCUGUGGUUCUGAACAGUGAAACCUUAAGACCAAACAUUGUUGGAUGGUGGCAAUGACAACUUUCCCUUCUAAACCUACCCCAUAAGACUAACGGAAAAUGCAGUUGAAAGUUUUUGCAUGUCAGAACCAUAUUUUAAAUCAAUGUUUUAGAAACCUUCAUGCAUCAUUUAUCGAACUUUUUCUUCCUUUUAAUCCAAACCUCUUGAUAGGUAACCUGCUGAUGUAGCUGCAUUUGGUUUUGAUACUGGUCAGAAUCCAUGUACAACUGCUCCACCAAUGAGAACUGAUCAGCAAGUAGGUGAAUCAGCAAAUUGUCAAUGUCCAAUAAAUAACAACUUCAACCUUUAUAUUUUGGCUGACAUUGCUAUUUUGUUUGUUGAGCAACAUGCUCUGUAAGGUUUUGAGAAUAAAGAUGUCAAAAAUGCUUAGCAAAGGUUUCGAAUAAAUUUUGAAAAAUAUCUAUGAAUACCUAACAUAAUCAGUCAGCAUCCGUGCCAUUAAUAGCUUUCUGGGAAACCUCAAUGUGCCGUUGACUGGGUCAUUGGAGAUUUUUAUACAGGCUUAUUUUGUAUUUGGUCUGGUACUCUUGCUAAUGUUUUUACAUCGAUAUUAUUUAGCUGUCUACUGUCUUGAUAUUUAGUUUUUAUGUAGAUUUGACAAAUUCUUUUCCAUUGUUCAUAAUGAUUGUACUAUGUGAACU